AUGAGACAACUCUAUACUCCUCCUAUUUCGAAUCCGAAAUUUGAUACGUCUCAAUCAAUAAAGGAAUCGUAUAAAUCAUCAUCCUCAUUGUCCUCCCUUUCAUCCUCUUUGAAACGUGAAAUACACAUCGAUGAGACGGAAACAACUGGCGAAGAAGAUGUGGAAGACAGCAGCUCUAAGGAGAGUCAAAAUUCUUCCUCUCAAGUCUCCACUCCAGAUAAAUUUGAAAAACUUCUCAAUAGAAAAGAUGGGACCACUGUGUUAACUCAGGAAGAAAUAACGAACGAGGUCACUAAUAUCACUGAAUUACCCUUGGAAUUGUCUAGAUUAAUUUCCUUUUUUAUCGAUGAUUUGAAACAACCAAAAUACGUGAAACCAUUAUCCAUCAUUCAGCUGGCCUCUGUUUUCCAAUCAUUCUAUAUCAAAUUUGAUAAAUCAUCAUUCCAAUACUUAACAACCAUUAAUAAUAGCAACAAUAAUUCUGCCAAUAAUGUUAAUAUGAACACAUUUUUUAGUGCAAAGGAGACCUUAAGUUCAGGGUUAAGUGGGAUAUUUUCUAGAAGUAGAAGUAACAGUGGAAAUUCAGUGACCAUAGCAUCAAGACGACCAAGAAGAUCGUCAUCAUUAUUUAGUACUGAUUCAGUUUCCAAUUUGAAUCCCAGUUUUAAUCAUCAAUUACUAUCAGAGGAAGAGAUCAAUAGGCAAUUAAAGAUUAACGAAUUGAAUAAUUUAAAAAUUGAAAAAUUUAUGAUUUUAUGUGAGAGAGAUAUCUUCAAGAAGAUACUACAGGUGGGUACUUCAGUUCCAUCUCCCAUAAAGAAUAACAACAAUGAUAAUGAUAAACCUAUAAUUAACAGCAUUAAUGGACAAAUUUUUAAAGUGUCUAACCUUUUCAAAAAUUCCCCUGAAUUCAUUGAAUAUGAUAAGAAAUUAAAUGAAAAAAUUAAUUUUUUAAAUGAUCUAUCUACUGGUGGUAGAAUAAACCUUAUUGAGUUUUUAGAUAUUAAUGAAGAUACGAUCAACGAGAAUAAAGAUGAAUCGAAUACCAUUGAAAAACUUUUCGAUCAAUUUUUACUUUACUCUAUCUCCCCCUUUGAAAAAAUUGAUAUUCUUUUGAAGAUUCAUAAAUCUAUGGCAUUUUACUCUAAGGAAAUGUCUAAUGAUGAAUUUUUAUCCUUGUUAAUAUUUUACAUCAUUAAAUUUUCGUUAAAGAGAACGUUUCUAAAUGCUGAAUUUGUUAAACUUUUCAGAUACAAAAAGAAACUUGUCGAAAAUGAAUUAUUUGUUCUCACUAAUGUGGAAGCUGCGUUGAUGUUUGUAGAAGGGUUAACAUUCAAUGAUUUUUCAGAUAAAUUGAUUAAUAAACUAAAACCAGAGGAAAGAAAAUUAUUAGAAUGUCCAAUUAGUGAGAAGAUUACCUUACCUAAAAUUCCCUCGGAUUGUGACAAGACCAUAAAUGAUGGCACUUAUAUGGCAACUACCCUGGGAUCACCACGUUCAGAGGUUCUUCGAUCCAAUUCAUAUGAUAGAUUUAGAACGAUCAUUGAUUCCUCAUUGAAGAAUGUCAUAGGGAAGAUUAAAUAUUAUACACCACCAGUACCAAUUGUAGUUGACGAGGUGGAUGAAGAUGGAGAAACUACGUUGGAGCCCGAUCCUUUAUUAAAUAAUGAAAACAUGGAAGGAUUGAAAGAGGUGAAAAGCAUAACUGUGUCACAUUCCACUACUUCAUUGCAUUCUAAAAUUUCUUCAUCUUCUGAAUUACCAACGAUACCUGAUGUCCCUGAUAUUCCAGAUGAUUGGAAGGCAUAUAAGGAUAUGAAUUUUGAUGAUUUAAAGAUGUCUGAUUUGAAGAAAAUAUUUGAUAUAUAUCAAAGAUUAAUUGAUUGA